AUGCCGAAAAAGAACGCCCCGAAGGCUGCGGCCUCGUCGUCUGCCCAGACUGGCGAUUCUCGCUUCGCCAACUUCCAGUCCGACCCGCGAUUCCGCCUGCCGUCCAAAAAGUCCACCAAGACAAAGAUCGACAAGCGUUUCUCUCGCGUGCUGAACGACGAGGAUUUCACCAAGACCACAAAGGUCGAUCGCUAUGGUCGCAAGCUCAAGUCCGACAACAAGGCAAAGGCUCUGAAGAGCCUCUACCAGGAGGAGAGCGACGACGACAACAGCAACAGCGACAGCGACAGCGAUGCCGUUGAUGACGAUGAAGAAAUCCAGCGGGAGCUCAAAAAGGCCGAGGCCAAGGCCAAUUACGACCCCGCAAGAGGCGGGGGCUUCUCGUCCUCCGAAUCAGAUUCCGACUCGGAAGACGACGACGAGGAUGAGGACGACGACGAAGGCGGCGCCGCAGUGGCGCAGUCGGGCAGCAUGCAGAGGCUGCGGGACGCCCAAGCUGACGUCGAGGUCGGAGAGAUCACCAAGCGCAUAGCCGUCGUGAAUCUGGACUGGGACCACAUCAAGUCGGCAGACUUGCUAUCCUUGAUGUCGAGUUUCGUUCCCAGCGGCGGACGCAUCGACCGCGUCUCUAUAUACCCGAGCGAGUUCGGAAAGGAGAGAAUGCAGCGCGAGGAGCUAGAGGGUCCGCCCAAGGAGAUCUUCAAGAAGAAGGCUCAUUCGGAUGACGAGAGCUCGGACGCCGAGUCCCAGGGCGACAGCGACGACGACAAGGACGACGAUAUCGAGAAGGAUCUCAUCCAAGAGGGCGACGACCAGGACUUCGAUUCCGACGCACUACGGUCCUAUCAAUUGGACAGGCUGAGAUACUACUACGCCAUUGUACUGUGCUCCGACGAGGCUACGGCCGAGCAGAUCUACAAGGCUGUGGACGGCACCGAAUACCAAAGCUCGUCCAACUUCAUGGACCUGCGCUUUGUGCCCGACGAGCUCACAUUCGACGAUGAGCCCCGGGAUGAGUGUGAAAGCGUCCCCUUGGAUUACAGGCCAACCGAGUUCAUCACGGACGCUCUUCAACACUCCAAGGUCAAACUUACCUGGGACAUGCACCCGGACGAGGCGUCGCGUCGAGACAAGAUCAACCGGGCCUUCUCUGGCAGUCGGGCUGAGCUGGAGGAGAACGACAUGAAAGCUUACCUGGCAUCCAGCGACUCCGAGGGCGAUGACGAUGAGCCGGUAGCCGAGGCAGACGAGGACCAGCCAAAGCUAAGUAAAAAAGAACUAGCUCGGCAGAGGAUGCGUGAAGCUCUGGGCCUUGGUGCUGAAACUGCAUCCAAGUCCUCCAAGUCAGGUCCGGUGGGAGAAAUGGAGAUGACCUUCGCCCUCGAUGAUGAGGGAGAGGACAAGAAGGAAGAUUCGCCUGACAGGGAGGAAACCACCGUGGAGAAGUAUAUGCGCAAAGAGCGUGAAAAGAAGGCACGGAAGAAGGAGAAGUAUCUAGCCAAGAGGGAGGGUGCUGCCAAUGGCGCUGAGAAGGAAGACGCUCAAGAUCAAGAAGGGGAGGACCUCGGUUUUGACGACCCCUUCUUCACUACCGAACAGCCCGCCAAGGCCACAAAGACCUCUCAACGGAAAGAAGAACGACUUAAGAAGCGAGAGCAGAAGGAGGAAGAGUCCAAGAAGACGGCCGUCGAGAAGGCUCAACUGGAGAAGAUCAUGGCCGACGACUCCAAGGCCGCCGCUGACCAUCUUGAUCACUUUGACAUGAAUGAGAUUGCUCGCGCAGAGAAGCAAAAGUUCAAGAAGGGCAAGGGCAAGAAGAAGCAGAAGGACGUUCAGGAUCGUGGUGGCCUGCAGGAAGGCUUCAAGAUGGACACGAGCGACGAUCGAUUCAAGGCCGUCUUCGACAGCCAUGAGUUCGCCAUCGACCCGUCCAACCCGAAGUUCAAGGCCACGCCCGGAAUGAAGCAACUGCUCGAAGAGGGUCGCAAGAAGCGAAGUCACGGUGACGACGCAUCCAGCCGGGACAAGAAGAAAGCACGCAGGCGCUGA